CUCCGCCCACUGGAACAGAUACAGGGAACAGACACACCUACUCCUAUCAUGGGGUGCAGCCUGAAUAACAGCUCGGCAGGGGAUUAUACACCGGUUGUUAUUAAAGAGGAGGCGAGUUCAUGGGAGGAAGAAAAGCCCCUCGCAGAAGGAACACAAGAAACAGACACAGCGACUCUCAUGGGGCGGAGCCUGAAUAGCAGCGGCUUCCCUAAGGAUACAGCCAAUGGUACUGAAGAGGAAUCAGAUUCAUGGAAAACAGACCAUAAUUACUGCAACAUAAAUACAGAGCAGCCACCGGGAACGGACCAAUCAGCUCCCACCAUGGGCUGCAGCCUGAACACCAACUCGCCAGCGGAUUAUGUAUCACUUGUUAUUAAAGAGGAGGUGGCUUCAUGGGAAGGCGAAAGCCAAUCAGAUUGCAGCAUUAAUCCCCUUACAGACCAGAUACAGGGAACAAAUACUCCUAUCAUGGGGAGCAGCCAGAAUACCUUACAAAUGACGGGUAAUAAUCAUGAUGAAAAUUCCCACCAAUCUCCACAUAAAUCUCACAUAACAAAAAAUAAAUUACGUAGGAAAUACAGCUGCAAUGAGUGUCAUAAACAUUUUAGUAAUAAGAGAGACUUUGAUAAACACCAGAGAACCCACAAAAGAGAGAAACCAUUUUCUUGUUCUGAAUGUGGGGAAUAUUUUUCAGACCAGUCCAACCUGAAAAUUCAUUAUAAAACUCACAUAGGGGUGAAACCAUUUUCUUGUUCUGAAUGUGGGAAAUGUUUUUCAUACCACUGCCACCUUAAAACGCACCAGAGAACCCACACAGGGGAGAAACCAUUUUCAUGUUCUGAGUGUGGGAAAUCUUUUUCAGCCCUAUCCCACCUUAAAACUCAUCAUACAACUCACACAUGUUCUGAAUGUGGGAAAUGUUUUUCAAAGAAAUACGACCUGAAAAUUCAUUAUAGAACCCACACAGGGGAGAAACCAUUAUCAUGUUCUGAAUGUGGGAAAUGUUUUUUCUAUCGAUCUAAACUUAAUCGGCAUCAAAGGACUCACACAGGGGAGAAACCAUUUUCAUGCUCUGAGUGUGAAAAAUGUUUUUCAAACAAAUGCGACCUGACAAUUCAUUAUAGAACCCACACAGGGGAGAAACCAUUUUCAUGUUCUGAAUGUGGGAAAUGUUUUUCCUAUCAAUCUAAACUUAAUCGGCAUCAAAGGACUCACACAGAAGAAGCCAUUUUCAUGUUCUGAGUGUGGAAAUUUUUUUAGACCACCCAAACCUGAAAAUUCCUUAUAGAACUCACACAGGGGAGAGACUUUUUUUUUUGUCCUGAACAUGGGAAAUGUUUUUCAAGAAAAUCCUAUAUAGAUCGUCAUCAAAGGACUUUCACAGGGGAGAAGCCAUUUUAUUGUUUUAAAUUAGGAAAAUGAUUUGCAUUGAACUGUAGUAUAAAAAUACUUUCACAAUGACAAAAACCGUAAACUUGUGUAGGGAUCAGAGAACUCUUUCCCCCGUUUCUCUCUCUGUGACAACAUCCAGUCCAGCUACAGUCUCAGGAGGAACCUGAUUGGCUGGAUGCCCCAGUGCACUGUUGGGAGAGAGGAGGUGCCUAGGUUUGGAGUCAGGGGCGGGCCCAGCAGCUUAUAAAGGGGCCGGAGUUGAGACAGAGAGACCAACCAGUAAGCAGUGAGUGUGUAAA